AUCAGUCGUCACACUGGCUUGUGCUUGUCCUCUCUUCUUGUCUCGCACAUCAUUCCCAUGACCAUGUCGUCCUUCGGCCCCUCUGCGCAGCGCACCAUGGCCGCUGUGGUCACGGCCUCGGCACUGGGGUCGGUCGCGUACGCCUGGGUGGCCAAGGGCGGUGGGUCGAGGUCACUGGCUAGGACUGGCGUGUUCGGCAAGAGCACGGUUACCUGCUCUGCGGGCAAUGCUGCCGGCGGCGACGCGGCUAGCCUCAAGCCCCUCGUCAUUUGCGGCCCAUCCGGUGUGGGGAAGGGCACGCUGAUCAACAUGCUGCGCGAAGACUUCCCCGGUCGGUUCGGUUUCUCCGUGAGCCACACCACGAGGAAGCCGAGGCCCGGAGAGGUGGACGGCACGCACUACUACUUCAGCGACAAGCGGGAGAUGCAGGCGGAGAUCGACGACAACAAGUUCAUCGAGCACGCGAACGUGCACGCGAACUUGUACGGAACGAGCAUCGCGGCGGUCCAGACCGUCACCGCUUCAGGAAAGAUCUGCAUCCUCGACAUCGACGUCCAGGGCGUCAAGUCCGUCCGCGGCGCUGGCCGGGGCGUGUUGGACCCCCACUACCUUUUCAUUUCGGCGCCGUCGAUGGAGGUGUUGGAGGCUAGGCUUAGGGGCAGAGGGACGGAGACGGAAGAGGCUCUGCAGCGACGAUUGGCCAACGCGAACGCGGAGAUGGAGUAUGGGCUGGAGGCCGACAACUUCGAGAAGGUGGUGGUCAACGAUGGCCUCGAGGAGGCGUACGCGGAGUUGAAGGAGACAGCCAAGGCGUGGUACCCCCAGCUCGCGUUGGACGAGAAAAUCAAGGCCGGAAACCCGACCGAGGCGUAAACGACCAACGAUACCAUCCGUGAAAAAAAACGCCCUUUAAAUUGUGGUAAUUCGAGUACCUAAGAGCAAGAGGAACGUGGCCUUGGCGGUACCGAGAGCGUGCGCGCGCCCGGGGGGGGGGGCGCAGCGGCUCCACCCCGAACCUGGCGUGUAGAAAACUUUGGCGUGCACGAAGGGAAUAUUGUGCGUCUUCGAUCUACCUCGAAAAUGUUUUGUGGCCGCUCUUGUGGAAGAUUUUUUCCCAUGAACCUUGUGCACGAAAGAACAAGUCCUACGAUACAGUUCCCCAUCUCAGACGACGGCAAGGUGCUGAAAACUGAACGGGUAUCGUGGUGUUGAUUGUAUUCCCCGUCUGGUGUGUUCUCUCUUUGGGAAGGGGCGACUUAUAUUGGCACCAUCGUUCCCAUCCUGCCUCGAUGCCCCCCCGCGGAAUGUUGUAUUCAGCGGUAGCCGGUAGGGAGGCGUGGUUGUAGAACCAAGCCGCGUGGCACGUAUAUGAAAAGGCAUCCAGGUUUUGCAAUGCUUUGUCUCUUGUUUUUGCUACGGGUAUGUUACUAUGGCGUGCUCGGUACGGGGCCCUCCCUUGUUUUUUUUUUUGUCUGCUUGCUUACGAGAGGCCUCGGGCAUUGCGUCGACAUAGAUACCGUCGGCGUUUUCUGUUGUUUUUGCCCGCCGCGGCUCCGACUCGAAGGAUUUGUUUCCCCUCUCGGGGGGUGUCUCGCGCCUGCUCGUUGUUUAGACGCGCGCGCGUGUGUUUGUUGUGUGCUGUGUUGUUGUUCGGUUCCCUGUGCCCUCAGCCAAAAGGGGCGACGACCACCUGACCGUAGCGGUAGCGUAGAACCUUCGACGCGUGUCUUGCAAGGACAUGUGUCCCCCAACCGGAGGCUAUUAUUAAUAGUCCGCACAGGUAUGUAUGCAGGUUGUGGAUCAUGUCCCGUUGGCGGUGGACGUUAGGUGCGCUGAUUGGUGUAUACGGAUAUCUGUAUGACGUAUUUGAUGGUAAGCCUGCUGUGUAUGUAAAUGUUAAGCCCGUCGUUGUUCGUCGAAUUGUUAUUAUUUUUUUUAUUUUUUUUUAUUCGCGCUUUUUCUUCCAACUAAAGGAACAAAAAAUGACUAAAUCUGGAGGGGCAAAUUGCCCGGUCGGAAGAGGGGCUGGUCUCUUUUGGUCUGGUGACGACCGCGACAAUCUUGUUUUUGGUGUUUGUUGUUGCCUGCCAAGACGUGGGGAAUUUCUCGGCGUCUGGUUGCACUAAGCCUAACUUAGCUAAGCUACCGUACACCGUGUGAUGCAUGAAGCGUAGGCGCACGGACAGACGCGCGCAACGAAUCGUGCGUGUGUAUGCCAUGUUAUUUGCGUGCAUACGACCUGGGCGUUGUGUCAUGUCGAGCCUGGCUUUUUUUUUUU